AAACAGGAAGUGAUCCAAGUCGUCUUCUACAUACUUUCUUACAUUCAAGGUUACUAAAACAGAAGACGAACCUGAACUUUAACAUUACUUCUCUUGCAGCAGCUCUGUUUCCUGUGCUGCUGGUCCCUCUGGUCUGACUUCAUUCAUUCACCACAGAAGAAGAAGAUCUGGGUCAAGCUGAAUGCAGGGCGGGUUAUGGCUUCUGCGUGGCAAACUGUCCUCUCUGUGCACCAGAGAAUAGUGGACAAUGGAGAUAAGAGGACAGACCCGUGGCUGCUGGUCUACUCCCCUGUCCCUGUGUCCAUCAUCUUCCUGCUUUACCUGGUUGCGGUUUGGCUUGGCCCUCGUCUGAUGAAAAACAGACAACCUGUUGACCUCAGACUCGUUCUCAUUGUUUACAACUUCGCCAUGGUCGGCCUGUCUGCCUACAUGUUCUACGAGUUCCUGGUCACAUCCUGGCUCUCAAACUACAGCCUCCUCUGUCAGCCUGUAGACUACAGCACCAGCCCACUCGCAAUGAGGAUGGCCAGAGUCUGCUGGUGGUUUUUCUUCUCCAAAGUCAUAGAGCUCAGUGACACGUUCUUCUUCAUCCUGAGAAAGAAGAACAGUCAGGUGACUUUCCUUCAUGUUUACCAUCACGCCACCAUGAUCUUCAACUGGUGGGCGGGAGCCAAGUAUGUGGCAGGAGGACAAUCGUUCUUCAUCGGCCUGGUCAACACCUUUGUCCACAUCGUGAUGUAUUCUUACUACGGCCUGGCUGCCAUCGGGCCUCACAUGCAGAAGUACCUGUGGUGGAAGAGAUACCUCACGUCUCUUCAGCUGGUGCAGUUUCUGCUGUUCCUCCUGCACACUGGCUACAACCUGUUCACAGAGUGCGACUACCCCGACUCCAUGAACAUGGUGGUGUUUGGUUACUGCAUCAGCCUCAUCAUCCUCUUCAGUAACUUCUACUAUCAGAGCUACCUCAACAAGAAGAAGCAGAAAUAGGACUGAAAAACACACUUUGUGAAAGAAGCCGACAAGUCUGUCUGCAGUACUCAUGAGCUUCCACUAGAGGGAGCAACGUGUCUGGGAAAUAAGUGCAAGUGAGCCGAAUGAACUUUAGCAUUAUUUUGUAAUUUCUAUACAGAGGCACACACUUCAUCAUGGUCAUACAAUUAUUUAUUAUUUAAUAGAGAAAUGACAAACAUUCAAAUGACUGCUGUAAACAAACUGUACAUUUUUACACAUAAUAAUAAAGUAGGUUGGUUUCUCUGUA